UUAAAUUGACCACCUCAUCUGUGGGAGACCUGGAUGACGGCGAAUUACCUUGGCGCACUUGCGAUAUUGUACCUGGUUGGAUCAACAAGCAUCUGCCUUCUUUGUUCAAAGAGUUUGGAGACUUGGAAGAAGUCGGUUCCCAAGUCAGCCUUUCCCAUAGCAUGAGCAGAUAUGGUUCUGAAUCACUCCUUAACUCAAUUGAUGCAAUGGCAGCAGAGGGAACUUAUGCAAAUGCGGACAGGAAGGGCUUCGUUCGAAGGCGUCUCCCCAGGCAAGCCUCUUCUGAUGAUUUAUCUACCCCGAAUUCUGGUCGGUCUCGAUCUUCAAGCAUAAUCUCGUCGGAUUUCAUUCCCGAAGAAUGCGAAGAUGAUCGGAGUAACGGCGACGUCACUUGCGGUUCUGGAGGUCCCAGCUAUAUGAACAUGCCGAGCAAGACCGACGUGGAUAUUGAAAAGGUCUGUCAAUUGGUCCAGGACUUAAAAGAACAAGAUCUUUUUCAUCAUCGCCAAAGAAUAGUUGAAAAGGAACUGCGAUCCCAGGAGUCCAAACAUUACCCUGAAGUAUCCUUGGGGGCCGAAUCCCAUUCAGUACCUACACCAAAACACUGUGGAGUAGGGAUUGUUCCUACAAUAAAAACAAUUUUUAAUCAACCAGAGAUAAGGGUCUCACUCAAAGCUGACGGAAACACGGGUUGGAAAGUUGCUGCCCAAUCCAACAAGGUGGAAAACGAAAGUGAAACGCAUCACGAAAUGAACACAAUGAGGCAAAAACAUCAAAUGGCAAGGGAGUCAUUUUUUGGAGUGAUGAUGAAAGGCGAAGAAGUAUGUCAAAUAACAAACCAAGCGUCCACUGCUUCUAAAGAAUGGGGGAACAACAAACAAAAAAAUAGCGACCAUCUCUCUCAACCCUCCAAAUCAAAUGGUACUUCUUCACCAACGCAAGGAUCUUCUUCGUGCCCUACCACACCUAUUCAAAUUAGAAAAUAGAUUAAGCCGUUUGGCCACCGGCCAAAAUACUUAUUUGACCUGUCGUCAUGGAUUGUACGAUCAAUUUUGCUUAAAGAAGAGUGUGGAAUUAUUUUGACGCGUUGCUAUCAUCUUGUCACAGAUAAGAAGCUAAAUAACUACUAUCAGUUCUACAAAUUUGUUGUGAAUUUCCUUUAUAAAGAUUCUCUUAAAAUGUAUACGAGCAUCUUUUA